GUGGAUAAGACAGAAAGGCAAGGAGAGAGAUUGCAGUGGAUUACAAAGAGGAAAUAUUGUUGGACAAGGUGUUGAAUGUGGAUGAUUGUAUGUCGUCACCUCGAUUCUCCACCCCAGAAUUAUGUGCCUGCCACUUCUCUCUCUAAAAAAACUCUCUCUCUCCAAAAUCCUCUGUGUCUAACUUUCUCUCUCUAAAUCCUCCAUCUCCUUCUACUUUCUCUCUCUAAACCCUCUGUCUCUCUCUUCUUCUCUGUGCCCGAGUCUGAGCCGCAAGCUGAACGCAACGCCAGCUGCAUCAGAAUCUGCUUUUGGUAGCAGGGAGGCAACCUGCGUCACUUCACCCUUUUACGCUCUUUUUCCCCUCUCCCUCACCAAACCAAACCAAACCAAAACCGAACCGAACAACAAAAACAAAUGCAGAUGGUAAUCAAACCCCAUUUUCUCUCUCUAAUCCCACUCCUCUCUCUGCAAUCUCACGUGCAACUCUGUAGCUUUUUUAACUGCCUCUACACACUACAACACUGCACUGCCCCUCUGUUUACCUCUUCAUCCUUAAAUAAACGACCGAGGCUUCUCCUUUCUCUCCGCAUCGAGAAAGAGCGGAGCCGCUCUGCAUAUGGGGAGUGAACCCAAGAGCACAAAACCAAUACAUGCUCUCCUUUCUUUUAUUUCAUGGUCUCGUGAGUCUCAUCACCGUCCAACGAAUAGAUAAACUCUCUCUCUCUCUCUCUUUCUCUUCUUUUUGUGAUUGUAUGUCUUGGGAGUUUACAGUCAGUAUCCACAAAAGCAAAAAGCUCUCUCUCGCUCUCUGACAGAGGAGAUCUUGUAAUUUGCUUUUGGACAAGGCUCUUUCUCUCUCUAGAAGAGCCAUGGCACUUGAAGCAGUGGCUUUUCCUCAUAACUUCUUCAAUUAUGGGUGCAAAGAGCUGUACUCUUUAGUGGAGGCCUUGGAGAAGGAGGAGAUUGACACAAUAACAACCGAAGAGGACCAAGUUCAGUGGGACGCUUCGUCUUCUUCGGAGCCGAAAGCCGCAGCCGUGGCAAGAAGGAAGAGGAGAAGAAGCAGGAGCUGCAAGAAUAAGGAAGAAGUAGAGAACCAGCGAAUGACUCACAUCGCCAUUGAGAGGAACAGGAGGAAACAGAUGAACGAGUACCUUUCCGUCUUGCGGUCUUUAAUGCCUGAAUCUUACAUCCAGAAGGGUGAUCAGGCCUCCAUAGUUGGAGGAGCCAUUGAUUUUGUGAAGGAAUUAGAACAGCUGGUUCAAACGCUUGAGGCCCAAAAGAGAAUCAAAGAGAGGAGAGAGUGCCCCCGGCCUUUCGGCGAUUUAUUCGCUCUUCCGAGACAUCCUCAGCCUUCAUUAGAAUGUGCUUUUGGAGAUGUUGAGGUGACCAUGGCGGAUAGCCACGCCACCCUCAAGGUCCUGUCGCGCAGGCGACCGCGGCAGCUGCUCAAACUGGUCGCUGCAUUUCACAACCUUCGCCUCACAAUCCUCCACCUCAAUAUCACCACUGUCGAUCAAAUGGUCCUCUACUCUUUCAGUGUUAAGGUUGAAGAAGAGUGCCGGAUAACUUCGGUUGACGAAAUAGCUUCUGCGGUGUAUGAGAUUCUGGGAAAGAUUCACGAGGAGGCCAGUCUUAGCUGAGAGAAAGAGAGAGAGAGAGUCUUUUUUUAGGUGAAUUUUAGAGAGAGAAAGAGUCUUUUUUAGGUGAAAUUUAGAGAGAGAAAGAGUCUUUUUAGGUGAAAUGGAGUGAGAGAGAGUUUAUUUUCUUAGGUGAAAUGUAUAACUUGAGAAUGGAGGAUUUUGCAGGGCGAAAACAUGUGGCAAAUAAGGCAAAAUGGAGCUGUUUUAGAGCUCUGCCAUGGGUGACGACCUUUAAAAUUUGGAGUAAUGGUUGUCUUGCUCUGUUUUACGAUUAUUUUGGAAAUGUCAUAGACCACAAUCAUGGAAUUUGGGC